CAUGGACACAGGAGGGCAGAGAUGUAGAUCCUUAUCCUUACCCCCUACUCCCCCCUCUCAUCUCCCUACACCCCCCUCGCCCCUGGCUCUCUCACCCCUCGCCUCUGCUAAAAUAACCCAGUGAGGGAUCACUGGUAUACAAACUGUUGCCUCGCAGAUGAGAAGCGUCAGAGUGGGAUAGGGAAGCAUCCCGGAUUCAGGGAGGAUAAACCACACAGCGAUAUACUCACCUCAUAUCACUUCACAUCACCUUUACUGGUGAAUCUUUGAGAGGAGACAGGCGAGACAGAGGAAGAUGAUGCAAUCAGCGUAUGAUGACCUGGCCAAGCAGAGGAUUCAGCAGGCCAAGGCAUUGUGUUCAGAGGCCAGGGGAGGAGGUCUGAACUUGGGGAAGAAGAUCAGUGUACCCAAGGAUGUGAUGAUGGAAGAGUUGAAUCUUCCGUCCAACCGUGGUUCCCGCAUGUUCCAGGAGAGACUGAAGAGGGUGGAGCAGUUCACUCUGGAGAACCAAGUCAACGACUUGUACAGUAAUGGCCUUCCAGAGCUCAUGCCUUCCCAGACCAUAGAAGAGCCCCAGAAGGGGAAGGAGAACCAGGUGUAUAUGAUGCCAGGCAAACACAGCCUGAUCACCACCCUACAGAAGACUGUGGCCCAGAAGGGCAGCCCCAAUGUCAUCGCCCCAGGCUACGGGGGCCCCCUGAAGGAGAUCCCCUGUGAGAAGUUCAACCUGACAACCAGGUCCUACUGUUCCCCCUGGAGGGAAGCCCUGGGUGAAAGUGACAAGCUCCUGUCGAUGCUCAGCCCCCAGCCCCCACUGGUGGCCACACUACAGCCCGCCAACUACAGGUGCUUCAACAGAGCGGCCAAGCCUUUUGGAGGCCCACAGCAGCAGAGUAAGAGGGUGAUCCCAAUGAUGGGGUUCGAGCUGUUGGACUCCCAGCACCUCCCUGGUACGACCCUGGACCGCAUGUGUAAACGGCCCAACUUCAACAGAGCACCACAGGGAUGGGGUCACGACUACUCCCCUGAAUCCACCGACUUGUGAUUGGCCCACUGCUCACCUAUGACCUUCAAACUUCCCGUGACCUUUGUGACAUCACAGGCUAAAAGACUGAAGAUGAAUCUGCUCUUAUUACCCAUCCUCAUCCCUCUGGAUUCAAAGAUGACCGAUCCAGGUUAGGUAGAAGUUGCCCCUAAAUACUGACUAAUCUAUUUAAUGGUUAUGUUAGGAUAAGGGUAGAUCUGGGGUUAGGGGCAACUUCUACCUCGAGUGAUCCCUCUGUUAUUGAGUCAGUGCCAUAAGGAAAAGACUUGUGAAUGGUAAGAUGGUUUACUGAUGAGAGCUGUGGGUAGGCCUGUGUGGAGGUUAACUGAGAACUUCUGAAUCAAUCAACAGUUCCUUAUCAGAGCUGAGCCCAGGCCAACAAAGGCCAGCUGAGGGGAGAGAUGAUGUCACUUCUUUCCCUGUCCUUUCUUUCAUCCAAACGCCCUCUUACCCAUCCUCACUCCCCGAUUUCUCAACACUUGCCUCCCUUCCAUCCCCCGUUCACUCUUCCCUCCCUCUUUCUGACCCCCCCUGUUAAUAAAGGACUGAUAGUG